GAGAAAAAAAGUUAUAAUCAAUUGCUAGAGUAUGAAUUAGUGGUAUUCUCUCUCCUAGCACGCUACACUCAAAGCUCUCUUCAUUUGAAUAUAGACGGUGGAAAAAAGAACUGAUACACACUCCACUCCAUACCACAUUCAUACGGAUUACGUGUCGGUCAAGAAUGGUGAAUUGUGUGUAUAUAUUGUAUACCUAUCUGUGUAACAUCGGUACAAAACAAUAAUAUUUAAUUAAAUUAAAUAAAAACAUCCGUUGAUCAGUACACGAAUAAAAGCAAUCCAGUUUGUACAACAAUCCAUUAUGCGCGUCCAGCAGUAUGGACGAUGAUUAUUAUAUUGGAUCGGGAAGAUUUGAAAAAUAAGAUUUGAAACAAAAAGUUGAGGUUGUUACACUGGUGGAUGACAAUGUUUCGAUGUUUCAACGUUGGUACAAAUGUGUGUAUGCUGUCACCCCGGAUUGUGUGUUGAUAUUUUUCUUUUGACUAUACGCCUCUUCGGUACCAACAAAUGAUAAAAUUUAAGUUAAAUAUUUCGUAACAAAACAAUAGUGCUCAAAAAAUCGAUCAAAAUCGUAGGAUAAAGUUAGCAUAAGUUUAAGUGCAGCAAGCAGCUCAAAACGGUUGUUUAAACGAUGAGAAUUCGGCUGAAGACAAAUGUGUAAAUUAAAAUAACUAAAAGUCAAUCAAACUUGUCUUAUCGCCGAACUGAAAAGAAAAUGCGGAAAUAAAAUUCUAAGUUCUUGUAAUCCGUUCAGUGUAACAAACGAAAUGAAUCUUAAAAUUUACACAUCUUUAACUAAGUUUAAUUUAAAGUGAUCUAGCCAAUUUUGUUGUUGUUUUCUUAUUAUUUUGUUGUUGUUGUUAAUUCAUUUUCCACAAUGUCGUUCUUCCGGCAAUUUAUGGCUAUGAGUGUUUGGAUACGGGUUCUGAUCAUAUUCGUGUUGUUAUGGGGUUUUUUAGUGUUUGUUUUUGCAUCAAAACUGAAUGCACCGAAUACAUCAGACUCGACAAUGAAGCGACUGAAUCAAGCAAUAGCAUUUAUGGAUCAAUCGAAGAAACGGAAUGCCGAACUGAAAGCUUUAAUUGACGAAUAUUUAAGCGACAAAUCGAAUCGGCCUGAACAAAAAUGGAAACUUAUCGAUGACAUCGAAAGCAAACUUAUACCGUCUGCCGCAUUACGGAAACAAAUCAACGAACCAUCCGUCGAGUACGAGAAACUGCGCCGUCGCGUCCAGACCAACACCCAAGAGAUGUGGAACUAUGUGAACAGCGAAAUGAUCAAAUUGAAAAAGUCAGUUAACCCUGGCGACGCAAAAUUGACGAAGCAAAUUGACACGAUGAUGGACAUGGCAGCUGAGCAGAAGAACUCAUUGCUGCACGAUUUGGGUCAAUUGGCUGAAGUGGAUGGCUAUGAGGCCUGGAGAUACAAGGAAGCAUCAGCUUUGAGUGAUUUGGUGCAGAGACGAUUACAUUAUCUACAAAAUCCAGAAGACUGUGGCAAAGCACAAAAAUUGGUUUGCCGAUUGAAUAAGGGUUGUGGCUAUGGCUGCCAGCUACAUCACGUUGUAUACUGCUUCAUAAUGGCCUACGCAACCGAACGAACUUUGAUUCUAAAGUCAAAAGGUUGGCGAUAUCACAAGGCUGGCUGGGAGGAAGUUUUUAAGCCAAUAUCCGAUACAUGCCUCACAUCUGAGGGCUCAUCACACGCCAGCUGGUCCAGUCACAUACAAAACACUCAAGUGGUUGAUCUGCCAAUUAUCGAUUCUCUGAAUCCUCGACCACCAUACCUUCCACUGGCUAUACCGGAAGAUCUAGCGCCACGAUUAAAGCGUUUGCACGGCGAUCCAAUCACAUGGUGGGUUGGACAAUUCUUAAAGUAUUUGCUCCGACUGCAACCAGAAACGCAGAAUAUGUUGGAUGCUGCCCGACAAAAAUUGGGUUUUAAGAAACCGAUCGUUGGAGUGCACGUUCGUCGAACGGAUAAAGUAGGUACGGAAGCAUCACUACAUAGCAUAGAAGAGUAUAUGACUUGGGUGGAGGAUUACUUCAACAAGCUGGAAUUGUCUCAGUCUGUGGAUAAGAGACGCGUUUUUCUGGCCUCCGACGAUCCGAAAGUCAUUGAGGAGGCGCGCAAGAAAUAUCCAAAGUAUGAUAUUAUCGGUGAUCCUGAUGUGGCACGCAUGGCAGCUGUUUCGACAAGAUACACCGACUCGUCAUUGAAUGGUAUUAUUAUGGACAUUCACCUGCUGUCGAUGUGCGACUAUUUGGUUUGUACAUUCAGUUCGCAGGUUUGUCGCGUCGCUUAUGAAAUCAUGCAAGCAAUGUAUCCGGACGCUUCUGAUCGAUUCAAAUCCCUUGACGAUAUUUAUUACUAUGGUGGCCAAAAUGCUCAUAAUCGAGAAGCCGUUCUGCCGCAUCGGGCCAAAAAUCAUGACGAAAUAUUCCUGAACGUUGGCGAUACAGUGGGCGUAGCGGGUAACCAUUGGGAUGGUUUUUCCAAAGGAAAAAAUGAACGAACAAAUCAGGUCGGCUUAUUUCCGUCGUUUAAGGUGGUCGACAAGGUGGAAACGGCAGAUUUUCCAAAAUAUUCGAAUAUCAAGUAGAGAAAAAAAGUGAUUUUGUGUUUUGACCUUUUUUUAUAAUUUUGAUUGAACAAAAUUAUUAUUGUGAUAUUGAGUGUUUUAGAACUGAGAAUAAAACAUUUUUCGUGUA